AUGACAACAAUUGGUUAUGGGGAUAUUGUUCCAUCUAAUAUGUAUGAAGCUUUAUUUGUGACUAUUAAUAUGAUUGUUAUGAGUUGUUGUUUUGCAUACUCUAUAAAUAAUAUAGGCAGUAUACUAAAAGAAAUAGAAAAAGAACAAGAAUAAUUAAAUAAUAAUAUAAUUACAAUACAAAGAUAUUUGGAUAGAAAAAAUACGAAUUUUGAAUUAAAAAGUAGAGUGAGAAAUUAUUUAUAUUUUUUAAGUUCAGAAUAAAAAAAUAGAGAUUAAAACGAAGAGGAAAAAGUACUAAAUAAAAUAUCAAACAAACUUCGAGAUGAAAUAACAUUAGAAAUAAAUUCUAAAAUUUUAUCUAAUUAAAAAAUAAUUAGUUAAAUGUUUUCUUAAAAAACUUUAAAUAAAAUAAUCUAUGCGAUGAAAGAAGUUCUUAUUUCUCCAAAUGAAAUAAUUUUUAAAAAUGAUGAAGUUGAUGAUUAAUCCAUAUAUUUUAUUGAAAGUGGGAUUGUAGAAAUUUUUUAUUUAUAAAUUAAUAAAAGCAAAAGCAUUAUUCAUUAACUAGGAAAAAAUUAAAUGUUUGGCGAAUUAUCUUUUUUUUCAGGUUUAGCUAGAAAAGCAUCUGCUAGAAGUGUAAAUUUAUCAACUCUUUAUAAGAUUUCAAGAAGAGAUUUUAUAGAUAUAAUAAAAGAUAAUUAGGAAGAUUUCGAAAAAUUUUAAAUGAUAAAAGAAAAAAUUAUUUUUUAGCAAAAUUAUUAACCAAUAACUACUAAUUGCUACUUUUGCAAUUCUAGAUCUCAUUUAGCUUAAAAUUGUUAUAAAUUGCAUUAUUCAUUUGAUAAAUAAUUCAUUAUUCUUAAAAAUAAUUAUUAUGAAUCUUAAACUAGGUUAAAAUAGGUAAAAAGACGGAACAAGUUUUUAAAAAAAGCAAUGUAAUUAAUUUAUUAUUUAUAUUCAAAAAAAAAAAUAUAAAAAUUAUUAAAAUAAAAACUAGAAUUUUAGCACACAAUAAUAAAUUUAUUUGUAUAAAAUUUAAAUUCUUACACCGUAAUUAAAAUUUAUAAAAAUUCUUAAAAGAUAAUUAUUCUGAACUUUCUUAUUCUUCUACUUAUACUUCCGAAUCAUAAAAUUAAAUAUCAAAUCAAAAUAAUGAGAGCUAAAUUGAAAAUAACGAGAAAAGUGAUUAAUAUAAUAAUGAAUAUUGUAGUAUGA